AUGUCGCAACCUACUGGCUUUACCCAUUGGUGCUAUCGUUGUAACCUUCGCUUUGCUGGCCAAGGCCAGUUACCUAUUUGCCCUGGUUGCAAUGGUAGAUUCGUAAUGCGACUUUCAGACCAUGAAGCUAACUAUUACAUCCAGCUUUUCGAGCCACAGAUUCGAGCUUUAACUUCUGAUGAUGGCACUAGAGGAAGGAGAUCAAGGCUAUCGGCUGCUAUCAACGCUUUCGUGCGGAACAUGAUGGGUUUUCUAAAUCCUGCAAACAUACGCCUGCAUAAUGGUUCUGCUCGCUUCUUUCUUGGUCGUAAUCAUGACAAUGGUAACACUAAUCAAGCUAGAAUUAAUAUUGGAGCGAAUAUUGAUGAUGGUCAAGAGUCUCUCACUAUUGAGUACAUUGUUCAUAUGAUAAUAAGGAAUCGUGAUCGGAGUGCCGCCUCUCCUCCAACACCUCAGGCCGUUAUUGAUGCAAUGCCAGUUAUUAAGAUAAGCAACAAACAUCUUGAGAUUGACAAGUAUUCCCAUUGUCCGGUCUGUAAAGAGCCAUUUGAUCUGGGGAUAGAGGCUAGGUUGAUGCCCUGCAAUCAUGUCUAUCAUGAGAGUUGUAUUCUUCCAUGGUUGAGGAUACACAAUACUUGUCCUGUAUGUCGAUAUGAGCUUCAUGAGAAUGGUGGUCGUCCAGCUAGGAAUAUGAGGGCCAACACCACUUUUGUUAGAGGAGGGAACAAUAGUAGGCAUGGUUGGAGGAGAUUGUUUUCAUGCGUGAGACCUUCUUUUGGUGCAUCGAGUUCUAGUUCUUAA